ACCUUGUUAAAAAAUAUAUAUAUUAGGUACGAGCGUAAAAGUAUAAAAUUAUAAACAAAAUAGUUUUAUGGGUUUAUAAUACAAUUUGCGUUGUUUUUAAUUUGUUCUGUCGAUAUCCCAUUUGCGUUUCUUUAACUUCAGAUAGCAAAGACACAAAGGCAAUGGCAUCUGUUCAGGAGCGUUUUCAAGCAGCAGUAAAUGUUAUCAAGAACUUGCCGAAAAAUGGCCCCUAUCAACCCAGUCCGGUGAUGAUGCUUAAAUUCUAUGGCCUAUUUAAACAGGCUACCGAAGGACCAUGUAAUGGAAAGAGACCGGCAUUUUGGGACGUUGUUGGGAAAGCAAAGUACGAUGCUUGGAAUGGUUUUCGACAUCUAACAAAGGAGAAAGCUAUGCAGCAAUAUGUCGAAGGUUUGCAGGAAAUUAUAGAGACAAUGUCAUUCACCGAAAAUGUUCAAAACUUUGUUGGCAGCCUACAAGGUUUAGAAAAUAUUAAUUUGGACGAAUUGGAAAUGAUAGCUCCAGGCAUGAAGCAAUUAGCCGAGUCCCAUCCCAGUUCACCAUUUAGUUCAAGAACCAACAGUCCCCAACACGGAUCAAGCAGUAACAUUAUUGUCGACGAGGAGCCCUUGACAAAUGGACAUGCAUCAUCCGGAGAAGAAAUGGGUGUUGACGCACAAACGACAAUACAACCGCAAACUGAGCAACAAACAGCAGAACAAAGCGCUCUUCCAGAAACUACGUUAAAUAAUUUGUCGCAAUACAAUGGAAAUAUUGAUCCAUCCGAUGAUGAGGAGUAUGUGGAUCCUUUCGAUAUCCAGCAUGAGCUUAACGAGUCACUUCAACAUAACAACCAAAUUCUAAAACAAGUGCAGGCCACAGUUUCGAGAAUGAAUUUGGAUAUAUCCUCUGUGAACCAACGUAUUUUCGAUUUGGAAAAAUCAGUUCGGGACUUGAAAAUGGCCAUCACUAAUUCCAAAAUUUCAGCCUCAAUAGAGCAAAGAAAGCAUCCCAAAUGGUGGCCUUUGGAAGGCAUAUCGCCAGUGUGGUUCAUUUUGCUCGUCUUGUGGCCAUUCAUAGCUAGAAGGUUAGGAAAAAUGCUAACAAAUCCUCAGCGCAAAUGAAGCACUUAUUGAUUAUUUACGACUUAGAAUGGUUUAUGUUACUGGUGUUAAAGAUUUUAAUUUAAUACAUGCAAUGCCUUGCUUCUGUUUUUAUA